AUGGUGAAGAGGGGGCUGCUAGGCAAGGUGGCUGUGAUUACUGGCGGUGCUAGCGGCAUUGGUAAGACCACUGCAAGGCUUUUUGCCAGGCAUGGUGCAAAGGUCAUUAUUGCCGACAUCCAAGAUGAACUUGGCCAUAACCUUUGCAACGAAAUUGGUUCCGAUGAAUCAAUAUCCUUCGUCCAUUGUGACGUUACACGAGAAUUGGAUGUCCAGAAUGCAGUGGACACUGCUGUUGCCGAGCAUGGUAAGCUUGAUAUAAUGUUCAACAAUGCUGGCAUCUUAGGCAACAUGGAUCCAAGAAUCAUGGCAUUGGAUCUUGACGAUUUCCAUAAGGUUUUUGAUGUUAAUGUGUUUGGUGCAUUAUUGGGUGCCAAACAUGCUGCAAGAGUUAUGAUUCCUGCAAAGAAAGGCAGUAUUUUAUUCACCUCUAGCACGGCUUCUGUGUCUUCUGGUCUUGCCCCUCAUGCCUACAAAGCUUCGAAGCAUGCCGUGGUAGGACUCACCCAGAACUUAUGCGUCGAAUUGGGGCAAUAUGGAAUCAGAGUCAAUUGCAUCUCUCCAUUUGCAGUGCCUACCCCUCUGAUGAUAAAUCAUCUUGGAAUGAAGGAUGAGCAGAAGGCAAAGGAGGUCGUUUCCGAAUCGGCAAAUUUGAAGGAAGUGACGUUGGGGGCUGAAGAUGUGGCCGAGGCGGCAGUGUACCUCGGAAGCGAUGAGUCUAAGUAUGUGAGCGGCCUGAAUCUUGUUGUUGAUGGAGGUUACACCACAACCAAUCCAACUUUUGGAAAUGCCCUCAAAAACAUGUUUUCUUGA